UUAAUUGAAACACACAACAAACCUCUCUUUAUUUAAUGAAACCACAUUUCAAACACUCAUGUUUUUCUUAUAAAGAGAGACAGCUCAUGGAAUUACACAACAUCACAAUCAAAACCACAAGAGAAAAAAUAACACUAUGGGACACCUCAAAAGUCUCUUCACACUUAUAUUCCUCAUGAUAACUAUGUCGUCGCCGGCCGCAACAUUUGCCGGUAAAAUACCGGCGAUCAUUGUGUUCGGUGACUCAUCCGUUGACGCCGGUAACAACAAUUAUAUCCCAACGGUCGCAAGAAGCAACUUUGAGCCAUAUGGACGGGACUUUGUUGGUGGAAAGCCGACCGGUCGGUUUUGUAACGGAAAGAUUGCGACUGACUUUAUGUCGGAAGCGAUAGGGCUUAAACCAAUAAUUCCGGCAUACUUGGAUCCUUCUUACAACAUUUCAGAUUUUGCGACAGGUGUCACCUUUGCUUCUGCUGCUACCGGCUAUGACAACGCCACUUCUGAUGUUCUGUCGGUUCUACCUCUAUGGAAACAACUCGAAUACUACAAAGAAUACCAGACAAAACUAAAAGCAUACCAAGGAAGUGACCGAGCCAUAGAGACCAUAACUAACUCUCUCUACCUCAUAAGCAUAGGGACCAACGAUUUCCUCGAGAACUAUUUUGCUUUUCCUGGCCGUUCUUCUCAAUACUCGGUCGGUCUUUACCAAGAUUUCCUAGCUGGAAUCGCCAAAGACUUUAUGAAGAAGUUGCACGGGCUUGGUGCUAGGAAGAUCUCACUAGGUGGAUUGCCUCCAAUGGGAUGCAUGCCUUUAGAGAGAGCCACAAACAUUGGCACGGGAGGUGAGUGUGUUGGACGCUUCAAUGACAUUGCGGUCCAGUUCAACGGCAAGCUUGAGAAGCUUGUUGAGAAGCUGAGCAAAGAGCUUCCUGGUUCUAUCCUCGUUUUCUCCAAUCCCUAUGAACCAUUUAUGCGAAUCGUAAAGAACCCUUCAUCUUUCGGAUUCGAGGUUGCUGCAGCGGCUUGUUGCGCGACCGGGAUGUUCGAGAUGGGAUAUAGUUGCCAAAGGAAUAACCCAUUUACAUGUACAAAUGCAGACAAGUACGUCUUUUGGGACUCAUUUCAUCCAACACAGAAGACUCAUCGGAUAAUGGCUAAUUUUCUCAUGAACAGCACAUUCUCUCAUUUUCUCUAAUGAUAUCUAUGUAUGUGUGUAGAAUGGAGUAAUUCUAUUAUUAGAGUGUUUAUAGGGCUUGCUUCCCAUAUUUUUGAACAAAAAAUAAACUCUGCACUUUGUAUGUAUUUAAUUAAUUACUCUUUGCUUUUGUGUUAAUUAGCCAAACAUAUAUUUCUUUUCUAGGUUAUGGUGUGCCUAUAUUAGCGUAUUUAUUUUUCUUAGUUAUUCUCAAUAUAUUUAUGUUACCGUUAUGAAAAUAUUGAC